UUUUUAAAAAUAAUAAUUUUAAUGGGUUUGAUCAGAAUCGUUCAUCACCUUCCCAUCUCAUUGUUUCCCGCUGCUUCGCCCUCUCUGUCUCUCGUCUGUUCAUCGUUCCUCUUUCCGUAAUGGCCUUCUUUCCUUACAACUGUUGCCACUGACACUCUCCGAGUGAUCCUCACUCCUCUCUCUCUCUCUCUCUCUCUCAUUCUUUGCUGCCAACCUACCUCCCCCUUAGCUUCAUCGGAAUCUUUUCUCGGUUGGGCUGUGAAGCAAUGCCUUUUCCUCGUCUUCUGAUUUUCUACUCCUUGUGUCUCCCUCUUUCUCCGAUCGGAGAUGAGGCCAACGGUUCUACGUUUGGUGCAUUUUCGCUAGCUCCGUUGGAUCAGAAUUGAGAAGACUCGUUUCUUCUGUUAGUGGUCAAUAAAAUUGCAGUAUGGGGGCAGGACGAAAGACGGAGACUGUCCAUGUCCAUACCGGAAAUUCACCUUCUACUGGUGCCCCUUAUGGUUUAAACACGUCCACAUCUCACAGAAACUUGAGCAAGGGAAACCUGGGAGGUGUUAUAUUUGGUUGCAAGAACAGCACAAUGAAGGACUGCCUGUCAAAGCAACUCUUUGGCUUACCAUACGGGCACUUUGCCUACGUGAAGAACAUCCAGCCUGGGUUGCCGCUGUUCUUGUUUAACUACUCUGAUAGAAAACUUCAUGGAAUUUUUGAGGCUGCAAGUCCUGGUAUACUAAAUAUUGACCCUUAUGGAUGGACUGAUGGUUCAGACAGGACUCCAUAUCCAGCACAGGUUCAAGUUCGAGUCAGGCUCCAUUGCCAACCGCUCAGUGAAGAUCAAUUCAAACCGAUAAUUUCAGAUAAUUAUUACACCGCCAACCAUUUCUGGUUUGAACUAGACCAUGCUCAAACAAGUAAGUUGAUUUCCUUGUUGGCUUCUUUGGCGAUCGCAUCGAGUUCCUCAAUUCCUCAGCAAAGUGUUAGAAGAAGAAAUAUAUCCGCUGUAUUGCCCCCCAGAGAAUUUAGAGAGGGAGUCGAAAAGUUAAUGGUAAUGCCGGCAGAUCCUGAAAACAUAAACCAGUUCAGUGGGAUAUCGGACUACCUGGAUGAUUUUCCACCUUUAGGAGAAGAUAAUCAGUCUCUUGACUCCCACUGGCAGAUGAAACUGAAAGACAUAGCCCUAAACCAAGAACAUCAAGACUUACAUUCAGAGGAUGAGUCUGAAGAUGCUCCUUCACUGGAAAAUGUCUCUCUCGAGGCACCUAAUAGUCUGAAAGAGAAAAACGAAGAGAAACUGCAGUCCUCUUUGGAUUAUCCUGCCAUUAUAGAUAAGUUGAUUCAGGAACUAGGAGAACUGAAGGCCUACAGCAUUGAACAGACUUCCAAGCUGAGUCACUUGGAAGAGAAGCUGGCUAAGGCAGAAACUGAAAUUCAGAGGCAGAAAGAUCGCUGCUCGAAGUUAGAAUCUAUGAUUGAUCCCUCUUCUCAAAGCACUUUGGAAUCAACAAUAGAGCCGAUCAACGAGCAGCAUCUGGAUAUUAGAGAAUCCAUAUUCUUACUGGGAGGAUAUGAUAGUUUAUCGUGGCUGUCAACUAUGGAUUCAUAUUUUCCUUCUCAUAAUGUAAUAAAAUCACUUAAGCCAAUGAAUUCCGUCCGCUCAUAUGCUUCAGUUGCAAAGCUGAAUGAGGAGCUCUAUGUCUUUGGUGGUGGAGAUGGGCAUUCAUGGUAUGAAACAGUUGACUGCUAUAGUGUAGCUGAAAACACAUGGACCUCGAAGCCAUCUUUGAAUUUGUCUAGAGGGAGCUUAGGUGGAGCAGUCUUAAAUGAUAAUAUCUUUGCUCUUGGGGGAGGAAAUGGGCUAGAUUGCUUUUCAGAAGUUGAAAUGCUUGAUUUGGACAUUGGAAAAUGGAUCUUCACAAGGUCGAUGUUGCAAAAGCGAUUUGCUCUUGCUGCAGUAGAACUCAAUGGAAUGAUUUAUGCUACGGGUGGGUACGAUGGCAACUCUUAUCUCAAUUCUGCUGAAAGAUUCGACCCCAGAGAAUAUUCGUGGACCAGAAUCCCAAGUAUGAACUCAAGGAGAGGUUGCCACUCGUUGGUAGUGCUGAAUGAAAAACUAUAUGCUUUGGGCGGUUUCGAUGGAACUGCUAUGGUUCCUAGCGUUGAAAUAUUUGAUCCACGUCUCGGAUCGUGGAUCGUGGGAGAACCGAUGAAUUGCUCCAGAGGAUAUUCAGCAGCCGCUGACCUUGAUGGAUCAAUAUAUGUAAUUGGCGGAGUGAGAGCUGAUGAGAGCAUUGCUGACACUACUCUGGUUGCUGAUAUUCCUUUGUUGGUACCACGCCAUGGCAGGUCGAGUGCUACAAGGAAGGUCAGGGUUGGCGAGAAAUUGUUUCCACUGCGGUUGGCAAGAGAUGUUUUUUGUCGGCUAUCGUUUUGUGAAAGAAACAGCAAGGGCGUGAAGGUGUUUUUGACAUGUAAAGGUUCGAAGGUGUCGAUAGAUAGUUAUCUAAACGGAGUUGCAGGAUAUGGUUCCGAGAAAUGCACAUGGGAUGAGAACUAUGCCCUGUAAUUGUUUUUGGUUUUCGGAAGUCGAGAAAGAAGUGACCGAAAAUCCAGCAAUCAUUGGGUCCAUGAAA